UAUUUGCAGCACAGCAAUAAGAAUCGGAUCCUACCCGAUUACACUAGAGUAAAGUAACCGCCAAACGACCGAACCAAGAAACAGAGCAUUGAAUUCGAAUCUCCCUCCCCGACGAUUCAUCACCGUCGUUCAAUCUUCUUCGUUUUAGAAUAUUAAUGGAUCGAGCAUGUGGCUCCUGCGCCGUUCGAUAUCGGGGCUGUUCCUUCUCCGCCAAGUACUUUCUCCACUGCCAGUGCCAGAGAAGAAGAUGACUUGUAGAAACGAUAGGCUUGCUGCGAGCUCUGGAGCACCAGCAUCACCCGCCACCCCAAGUGGAAAUUCUGUAAUUCCUUACGAUUCCGUGUCAAGCUGUGGGUCUUGGUCCAAUAUUUCUGCUGGUGUUAAGAGUGGAAAGCCCCAUAACAGAAACGAAAAUUGGCAGAUGAUAAUGGUCGGAAGUUUUGAGAUUUAUUACAAGAUUUCUUCUGUGUCAUCUGGUAUUAGAUUAAGGCAACUUGUUCCCAUGUCUGCAUCAGGUCCUACUGAUAAGGGAAUAUCAAAUACUGCUUAUAUUCAUUUCAAUAAAAGGAAAUAUCAAAUGGAUUCAAUAUCAAAGCUAGUUAAUAUGGAGGAUGCUGCUGCAAGUUCAAGUUCUGAGAAUGUAACUAAGUUUCCACAUGAGAGCCCUAUGUCUGAUUGCCGAAGCGAGAUGGAGAAAUAUUGUUUGCCUACGGAGUUUGGGAAUAAAAGAAAGCAUUUCAGUGCAGUAAAGCCUCAUUCUGAACCAAGAAAUAUGAAAUAUGGACAUGCUUCCAAGAAUUCAGAUUGUUCCGAGGGUUUUCGUUCUAAUGAACCUUUCGAUAUAUGCUUGUUUGGAAGCAGAAGUUAUGAACUUCAAGCUUCUUUGUAUGCAAGAAAUAUGGAAAACCAGAAUGAAGAAGAUCACAUGGUUGAAUUUACAAAUCCAGAAGCACUGAAUUCCACCAAUCUAAUACUGAGGCCGGGGAUGGUAUUAUUGAAACAUUUUGUCACCCACACUGAACAGGUUGAAAUUGUGAAAAAGUGCAGGCAGCUUGGUCUAGGUCCGGGGGGCUUUUAUCAGCCUGGUUACAAAGAUGGAGCAAAACUUCGUCUGCAGAUGAUGUGCCUUGGCCGCGACUGGGAUCCUGAGACGAGGAAAUAUGGCUCUAGACGAACAAUCGAUGGUACUCAGCCUCCUCGUAUUCCUCAUGAAUUUAGUUUGUUGGUUAAAAGAGCAAUUGAAGAGGCGCAUGCCCAUAUUAAAGAGGAACUCAGAGGUAGCAGUGUGGAAGAGAUACUCCCUUCAAUUUCUCCUGAUAUAUGCAUUGCCAACUUUUAUACAACCAGUGGACGACUUGGCCUCCAUCAGGAUCGCGAUGAAAGCAGAAAGUCUCUCGGAGAAGGAUUACCUGUGGUCUCCAUUUCUGUAGGUGAUUCAGCAGACUUCCUCUAUGGGGAUCAGAGAGACAUUGGAAAGGCAGAGAGUGUUGUUCUGAAAUCAGGAGAUGUGUUGAUAUUCGGAGGUCAUUCCAGACAUAUAUUUCAUGGUGUGACAUCCAUCAUACCAGACUCAGCUCCAGUGAAUUUGUUGGAAGAAACUAAGCUUCGUCCUGGCCGUCUUAACCUUACCUUCAGACAGUAUUAGAGACCGUUUGUUUUCUAUCCGUACACAUUGUUUAGUUUUCAUUAUCGAAAGAUCACAAUCCCAGUGGAUGGAGUAAUAUAUUUCUAAUAUUUCUAGCAGUUCAUGUCCACCACAAGCUUUCUAUAGAAUCUUUUAUUGAGCUAUGCUUAUAAUCAACCCUAAUCCAAUUGUCGACUUUGUUUAGGUACUCCAAAUGAACAAGUGUGGCCAGGUAUAAACAAACUCAUGAACUGGCCAUGAAUAACCCCAGUGGAGCCCUCAAAGUUUGUCCAAGGCUGUCCCCAAUUUGGAUGAGAUGGGGUUGGAUUUUUUGUUGGUAUGUCAGUUUGAUUUACUCAAAAUGGUUGUUUGGUGCUUU